AUGCCAUGACUAUCUACAAUUUAGCAAUUCUUUAAAAUUUUACCAAACCAAGAUUUCAUUCUUUCGAAGAAACAGCAAGCGCAAUAUAUGCUGUAACGUUUAGGGGGCAACACGAAAGAGAAAAAUUGAACUUUUUUGUUUUGCAGCUAUAUAGUGAUUUCUAUCGUCGUCGUGAAGCACGUAUUCUUUUUUCGGUUUACAAACAAAAUGCAAAAGUUUAGAUAUUGAUUGAGUAAUGAGUAAUACAAGUAUACAUAAGAUAGAAAACUAAUCAAUGUUGUUUUUCAGGUAUGCGUCAUUAUCUGUUUUCAUCAAAAGACCGACAUCCUCAGUGAUAAGGCAAAUUUAAACACGCCCAUGAUCAUGGAUAUAAUAUAUUAGCAAUGACAAACUUAGUGCACACUAAAACAAUCCAUAAACAAGACCACGACCUAAAGCGAACCCUUUGCAGUGUUUUUAAACAACGUGAGCAAAUUGACACCCCGUCGUUAUGGAAGAAUAUAAAUUAUAAAGUAGAGCAGACGUACUGAAAUGCAAUGUCAACGCCGUCAAGCGACUUUAUGUAGUUCGUUCAAGUUGAAGUGUUGCUCAUGUGCAUUUCUCUUAGCAACUCAUUUGAAACUGUCUGACGUAGCGUUCAUCAGCUAAUGAAUACGAUUGAAAAAUCGUGCAAUUAAGGUACCCGUUUUGAGAUUCGACGCAUCUCCGACAAAAAAAAAGACUUAAGCGUCUGCUCGUGACCAUGUGUUGACCCAAUUUGUUCAUUUGUCUCGUGAAACAAUACAGGAUGUAUUAGAAGAGAACAUACAGGUGUAUCUAAUCAAAAGCACAAGAUUACUUUGCAUUCGGUUUUCUUGCGUUUCCAAUCAAAGCACGGAGACAAAAUGUUCGUGUUCAAUUUGAAAGAGUGGUAAGCGAAUGACGGUUUUAAAACAUAUCAUAGCGCUUAAUUUUUACGUCGAAACGAAACUGCCGAAUUUCAAGUAGAAUAGCAGAGACACAGAAUCACCAAUACAGCUGCCCUUGUUUGAUGAUGAGCGAUUCUUUUGAAGAUAGAAUCCGCGUCCCGCAAAGUCUACAUGAAUGUCUGCAAGACUUUGUCGUACAGUACCUUAUAGAAAAACCCGAUGAUAUUGCCAGCUUUGCCGUUGAACAUUUUACAAAAUUGAAACUUAGUCAACAUGGCAACAACGUCAAUCAGAACGAAAUCAAUAGCAUGCCAGCGGCACAACAGGCAAACGCAGAGGUAAAGGUGACAACCACUCGAGACAACAGAUCUGCUGAGGAAAUGGCCGAUUCUGACGAUGAAAUGGCGUUGCCAGUACGAAUGCCCCAAAGAGGAAGACGAAGCGCAGUUGCCGCAGAAACUUACGAUCCAAACAAGGAAAACAAACAAGAAAAAAAAGUUUUUCAUCCCAAGACAGAAGAACAGAGAAAUCGAUUGAAACAUGCUAUGAAGAACAUAUUGCUAUUCAAAGCGUGCGAACAUGAACAGAUCCACGAGAUUCUUGACGCAAUGUUCGAAAGAAAGGUACAAAAGGGAGAAGAGGUAAUAAAAGAAGGUGACGAUGGUGACAACUUUUACGUGAUCGAACUUGGAACGUACGAUGUCCUUGUCAACACACGAGACCUCGAAAACACUAAGGUUCACACGUUCCACGAUGCUGGAAGUUUUGGUGAAUUAGCGUUGAUGUAUAACUGCCCUAGAAACGCGACAAUUAUAGCUCAGUCUGAAGGUAUACUGUGGGCCUUGGAUCAGGCCGUAUUUCGAAGCAUAGUUGUAGGCGCGGCCGCACGAAAGCGGAGAUCGUACGAGUCACUAUUGCAAGGAGUACCGAUGCUCUCCGAGCUGACAGACUAUGAACGCGCAAAUCUUGCAGACGCUCUGGAGAGCAUCACUUUCCAGGACAGCGAAUGCAUAAUCCAGGAAGGAGACAACGCCGACUGCAUGUAUUUCGUCGAAGAUGGUAACAUACGUAUCGUGUUCGGACAAGGAAAACAAAGCAAGGAUGUAUCCGUAUUGAAGAAGGGUGAUUAUUUUGGCGAAAUGGCGUUAAUAAUGAAUCAAGCACGAUCCGCUUAUGUCUAUGCUAAAGGCAAAGUGAAAUGCGCUAAACUCGACGUUGACACGUUCGAACGAUUGCUAGGACCGUGCAUGGAUAUUAUGAAAAGAAAUAUGGCAAACUACGAUGAUAAUAAGUAAAGUAUUUGGUCUCGAAAAGAGCAAACGAUUGAAAAUGGGAAGGUGAGGUGAGAUGCAAAUUGAAUGAUUUUCAACCUUUAUAAACGAACAACAAAUUGCUUGGAUGGUCUUGGCAACAACUGAUGAUAAAAUUUUAAUAACUGAAUGGUUUCACUUCUAGAAAUAAAAUACUGUUAUGCAUCUUUGCUAUUAAGCAAUAUGUAGUUCAAUCUAGACUAUGUAUGUUCAGAAAAAGUUUGUUCAUUUGUACACGAUCUACACUUCAGCCAAACAUUCGCCGAUUGUUUGUUUGUCGUUGAUAUAUGGAUUAUUAUAAUCAUAAAUAUUAUCAAAGUGAAUGGUUCGAAAAUGGGAAUAUGAUUACAUGUUUCUAGAUGCAGAUCAUAAGGGUUUGAACAGUUAUGAGAAGGACUGUAGGAGUUUGUGUUGAUUGACGUUUCUACAUCCUUGACGGUUGUUAUUUUAUAGUCAAUUGAAGUGCUGACGUCAUGCAGAUUUGCUAAUUUUUUUGUCUGACAACAUGAUUCGCCAUGGUAUUGUGUGCAGAGAAUAUGUGUAAAUAUCAUUCUUUUUUUCUUAUGUGUAAUAAUUUGCUCCAUGCCCAGCAAUUAUUCAUUAAACUUUUCUUACAGUC